CAUCAUUCCUCUCCUCCUUAGUCCUUUAUUAAAGUAGACAUCCUCCAUCUCUGCUUUUCUAUUGUUUCAUCUUUCCCCACCAUAAAUCAACCACUCAACAAACCCUCAUCACUCUCACUCCACUUAACCAUUAACAUGGGAUUAAGCAACAACAUUACGGCCAUUCUUAACUUCAUUGCUCUCCUCUGUUCAAUCCCAAUAAUUGCUUCGGGCCUUUGGCUCGCUUCCAAGCCCGACAACGAAUGUGUCCAUCUCUUCCGUUGGCCCGUCGUAAUCCUUGGUUUCAGCAUCUUAGUGAUCUCCUUAAUUGGCUUUGUUGGUGCUUACUGGUAUAAAGAAGGCCUUUUAGCUCUCUACUUGUGUUGUAUGGCUAUUCUCAUCACUUUACUCCUUGUUCUUCUUAUCUUUGCCUUUGUUGUAACCCGACCCGAUGGGUCUGUUUGGGUACCGGGUCGUGGGUAUAAGGAAUACCGACUUGAAGGAUUCUCUAAUUGGUUGAGAAACCAUGUAACAAAUGAUGAUAAUUGGUUUAACAUCAGGAAUUGUUUGAUUGAUACAAAUUUUUGUGCUAAACUUAAUUCUGAAUUUGUCGGUGCUCCUGAUUUCUUUGUUGCUCAUAUUUCGCCUCUCCAGUCGGGAUGUUGUAAACCUCCAGAUGUAUGUGGGUACCAAUAUGUGAACCCGACAAUGUGGACUAAUCCAACAAACCCAACAGCAGACCCGGAUUGCACAUUAUGGAACCCCGACCAAAGCCAACUAUGCUACAACUGCAACUCUUGUAAAGCAGGACUUCUAGGAAACUUAAGGAAUGAAUGGAGGAAAGCCAACAUCAUCCUCAUCAUUACAGUGGUUGUGCUCAUAUUUGUUUAUGUGGUAGCUUGCAGUGCAUUCAGAAAUGCACAAACCGAAGAUCUCUUUCGCAAGUACAAGCAAGGUUGGGCUUAGCAAGCUUAUUAGUUUUAGAUGCUGGUCUUCAAGUUCCUAUUGUUAAUCUCGUAGUUUUAGUAUUCGAUAUGAUUUUUUUUUUCUUUUUACCAAAUAAAACAAAUUAAAUGAGGUGAAAAGAGUAGUCAAUUUAUGUAUAUAGAAUGCACAAGUUUAUGCAUCAAGUGUAGAAAAAUUUAUUUUUUGGAAUGAUAAUGGGUUGAAAUAUUGAUAGAGCACAAGUUGGCUAGUGGGAUGUUUUUUUUUUUAAAAAAAGUAUGGUAGUGGGAUAAUUGACCAUAUUGUUCAUAAAUCA